UCAACAAAUAUGGCGUCCGCGUCAAUUUUCCGCGUAGUAUUGUCGGUAAUUUUAAUAAAUUACGUUAAGACACAGCUCUCAUAUUUCUCCUUCAGCUCAGCAAUAACAUUAAAAACUGUUUCCGAUUGCAUCCAAGAAGGUCCUGUCAGAGAAUUUUACGAUAUUUCUAAAUUAAAUUGCAUACAAUGUUCACAAGAUUCCACCUUCCAAACUCAAAGUGUAAAUGGUCUGUCAUGUGUGUGCCAGCCAGGUUACAGAUACAUAAAGAACUUCGGAGGUACAGAAGUGCAGUGUGCGCCCUGUGCUGCUAACGAGGUUGUAUCGUCCAGUGGGUAUGAGUGUGUGCAGUGUCCCACUGGCUCGGCCCCGGAUGCCGUCACCAAGGUCUGCACCCCUGCUUGUACAGAGGGGGCAAUCAGUCCAGAGAGAAACAUUGAAGGGGUGCUGCUGCAGACCCGCCAGUGUCAGGAAUGUGUCAAUGGCACUACACCAAACAAACUCAACAACAGGUGUGAGUUGUGUACGAACGUAAUGUUGAACAUGACCCAUCCAGCAAUCGGCACAAAGAACUGUCAGUGUCAAGGAGGCGGCAUAAAGGCCGAUGGCUUCUGUUUUGUGGCUGGUACCUUUGACACAGUUCCUGAUCCAUCAUUCGUCAUCCCAGACACUGUGCCUGCAGCCUCACAGUAUUUUGAGGUAAACCUACGGGCCUCAUACGCGAUGUGUAAUAUCUACAGGAAUGACACUGCAUGCCAGUUGCUAGGAAACCUGUGUGUGCUCACGCUCUACCAGUACCUGACUGGUAACCUCGACAAGACGCUUGACACUGCAUGUGAGAUGCAUCUUACAAUCGCUUACAAUGAAAGGAACUUUGCGCCUGAGCAUGUACCUUGGCUGUACUACGUGUCCAACAGUAUCGACAAACUGGAUGGAGAGGAUGUCUUGCAGACAACUGAUCUACCAACCGUAUACACAUUCGACCCGCUGUCAUAUCUGGAGUACAGGGUCGCCAGGUACUCGUUGGAUGGGAAUUUUAUUGGACUCAGCAAUGUUUUAAAUGGCAGACUGCAACUCUGUGCUGAUACAAGCAAGAAACUGAAUGCUGCCUUCACCUUCGGGACAUCAUAUAGUCAGACGUGCACAAUCAACGCUAUAGAUUUCUGGGAUCAGACGAAAUACCCACUUGAAUUCAUGGAUCUCUACCUGGAAGUGAACGAGGACGGAGAGGCCAAGUUGUUCCCAAUACCUGUUAACAUCCUCAACUACAAAAGUUUGGACGAAGGUGGCGAUGAGACCAACAGGGGAGUGGAUGCAAACAAGAUGCUGGUCAGGAGGUUCUUCAUGGUUGACAAUGUUGGCAACAUACCUGCAGCUGGAGGUCAAGCUGAAAUGGUCCGAUACAUCAAGUCGAUAGCAAUAAAUGUGCACCUGCAGUCAGGAACCACCCAGGGGGUUAUCUACCCACCUGCCUUAGACAUUGAGUAUGGCAAGGUGACACUUGCAGACGCUGAGGCCGGAGAAACUGUGGAUAUAAGUUUCACAGUGGAAUAUGAUUAUGAUCCAAAUGACUACAAGAGAAAUUUCCGGAUCUCUAUCGGUGUGUUGAGCACGCUGGGAGUGCUGUAUGCAGGGUACAAGACUUGGUGCUGGUCCAAGCGUGCUGGUCGGCCCAGUAUCGACUUCCAGACAAUUGUCCACUUCUUUUUCUACGGCUCUGGCUCCCUGGCCAAUGUGUUCUUUGUUGUAACCUUCGGCAUGGCUUUCUACUGGUUCAUCUUCUUUAAGCGUCAGAGUGUUGUAUACCUGGUCCACCCAACCGCUGCCCAGCUGAAGGACUGGACGGGGCUGUUUGGUGCGGCAUUUGCCCUAAAGUUCCUCGAGGUUGCCCACAUGAUCUUCAUGCAGUGCAUGGUCGAUGUAUUCUUCAUUGACUGGGAACGGUCCCGUGGAGUUGUCAACACCAGCGCUGACUCCACCAAAACCAAAGAGAUCCCAGUCUCGAUCUGGAGGACAUACUUUGUGGCAAACGAGUGGAACGAGAUACAGGCCAUCAGGAAAAUUAACAAGAUAUUUCAGGUGUGGGCUACAGUGUUCUUCCUGGUGGUUGUUGGAUUUGAGAAGACAGCAACGAGGGAUCCCGACGGCUCAGUGAGGAAAGAUGACGCCGACUACCAGUCUGAGUACAGCCAUGUGUACAGAUACGCUGUCGCUGUGCUAGUCUUUCUCAUUAUUGCCAUAGUUCAGUGGAUUUUCUUCACAUUCAUCUAUGAGCGAUUUUUCGAGGACAAAGUGCGCCAGUUUGUGGAUCUGUGUUCCAUGAGCAACAUCAGCGUGUUUGUGAUGGCCUACGCUCAGUGGGGCCAUUACAUACAUGGGAGAUCUGUUCACGGCAAGUCCGACACAAACAUGAGGGAAAUGUUUGACAUGAUGAAGAAAGAGGAGGAGGACCAAUGCAGCCAGCGAGGCCUCCUACCCAACGAAGAACAGCAGACCUUCAUGAUGGCCCUGCCUCGUAAACUACGCCAGAGAUAUGAGGCCCUCAGUCUCCCCGCGCGACUCGAGGCAGCUAGUCGUAUGGAACAGGGCCGUGGUGUGGGACCGGCCGCACAGAAGCAGGUGGAGGCUUACAACAAGAUUAACAGACUCCUCUCUGCAUUUGUAGACAGGUCUCUAAAGGACUGUGACUAUGUGGUGCGGCCCAAGAACUUCCUGGAGAGCAUCAUGGACACAGAGUUUGAUGACACCUACGAGACCGGCAUCUUCUAUAAUGAUGAUGGCCACUCAUUUGACCGUGUGUUGUUCUAUGGAAAUGAGAUGACGCUUAUCAUCUUUGACAUGCUCACAUUCUGUGUGGCAGACCUCAUCUUCCAGAACUACAUUGUUGCUGGUGUGAUCACAUACUUGCUGGCCGAGCUGGUUUGCAUGGGCCGGAAUGCAGGCGGCCAGAAAAACCUGGCAAAGAAAACUCUCGUCGAUGAACGCUUCCUCAUCUAAUAAUGCUCCGGACCGCAUCUAUAACAACGAACUCACUCAGAUAUUGGGGGGAAAGUCUCAUCAUGUAGGAGUACAGGGGCACCUGGAUGGGUUAAAGAGCAUAGAUGGGGAUAUCCCCUCCCCCUACGGACAGGGAGGCCAUGAAACAAGGAACCGGGACCAACACAUUGACAAUAUUGGGUUGUAGGAACUGUCACUAGAGAUAAAUACCCCCUCCACUUCUCAUGGAUAGUAGCCACUUUUUUACCACUUCAGAAUGUAAAAUAUGUAUAUUUUUUGUGCUCAGAGAUUUGACCAGUCUCAAAAGCAAUUAUUGCAACCUGUUGAGGUUUUUCACUUGUUUCAUUUGAGCCAUGGGCUAUUAAUUAUUCACUAGAUACCAACUUUUUAUUGGUCAACUGAUGGUUUCAUUGACAAUUCAUGACUGGAGAAUUAGAACUGACCUGAUCUGUGGUUAUCUCAUGCCGAAUCUUAGGUAAGACUACAUAAUGCUAGACUGUGAUAUUAAUUAACGUUUCCUGUACGUGAGCUAGCAUACAUGAAUGAAUGGAAAUGUACACUGUUAAAAUUGUUUAAUGUUUUAUCAUUCUACGCUAUUUAUUGUGCAGUUAUAGCCAAUUGUAUGUUUAUUGCUGUUUUAAGACUUUGCUAUAUUGGUAAUGCUGAAGGUUGUGUUAAAAAGGUUAGAUACAUCUACUGAAAUUACAAAGUUUCCAGUAAUGUGAUGAUUACUUUUGGAGAUUUAUUUUCCGUCCAAUAAAAUGCCUCUUACAAUGAUGAAAGUUUUACAAUUGAUUGAAUCUCUUAUAGUGAUGUGAAAAAUUGUGUAACAUACAUGUAAUUGUUUUUCAGAAAAUUGUUUAUAGAUCUUAUUUCACCAUAGAAAUGAUUGCCUUUUAAAUGAACGUGAAAAAAUAGUGAUAGUUUGUCAAGAUUUAAAAACAAAAAUGCAGAAUAAAUCUAGUUUGUGUAUUAAUAAUAAAAACCUGCAGCAUGUUUGUGAUUUUUUACAUGUAUUAUUCCUUGAUUCUAGUAAACAGUCAUUUAAAUGCAUCGUGAUUGUGAUGAACCAAGCACCUUUUAAGUAACAUUUUUGUUAUGUCUGUAUUUCAAAGCCAACAUGACUAGCCAUAUAGUGUAUAUAGCGUUAGUGAUUUUUAAUAUUUAUUAUUCUAUUUUGAUUUUGUGCAUAUCAUUUUAUCAAAAACUUUUGUGUCUAUCAUUUUAAUAAAAUAUUUUGAC